GAGAUCGACUCCAACGCGGUGGAGGACCGGUGCGGCGUCUGCCACGGGGACGGCUCCACCUGCCACACCGUCAAGAAGACCUUCGAGGACAGUGAAGGGCUCGGUUACGUCGAUAUUGGGAUUAUCCCCGUGGGAGCCCGGGAGAUCCGGAUUGAAGAAGUCGCAGAAGCCGGGAAUUUUCUGGCGCUGCGGAGCGAGGACCCGGAGAAGUAUUUCCUCAACGGUGGCUGGACCAUCCAGUGGAACGGGGACUACAGGGUGGCGGGGACCACCUUCACCUACAGGAGGAUGGGGAACUGGGAGAACCUCACCUCCCCGGGGCCCACCGUGGAGCCCGUGUGGAUUCAGCUGCUGUUCCAGGAGACCAACCCUGGCGUGCGGUACCAGUACACCAUCCAGCGCCCGGCCGACAGCGAGAACGAGAUCGAGCAGGCGGAGUUCCUCUGGCGCUUCGGCUCCUGGACCACGUGCACCGCCACGUGUGGGACCGGGGUGCAGCGGCAGAUCGUGCACUGCGUGGAGAAGCUGGCCGGCAUCGUGGAGGAGCGGUACUGCGACGCGCUCACCCGCCCCGACGACCAGCAGAGGACGUGCAGCGAGGAGCCCUGCCCGGCCAGGUGGUGGGUCGGCGAGUGGCAGAAAUGCUCGGCCACCUGCGGCCCCUCGGGGCUGAUGAAGAGGACGGUGCUCUGCAUCCAGAGCGUGGGGCUGGACGAGCAGAGGGCCUUGCAGCAAGCAGACUGCCAGCACCUCUCCAAGCCGGACGCCACCGCUCCUUGUCACCGAGAGGUCCCCUGUCCCUCCCAGUGGGCCGUGGGCAACUGGUCCGAGUGCUCCACGACCUGUGGAAACGGGACACAAAGGCGCCCAGUUUACUGCAGCAACAGCACUGGAGCAGCUUGUGACCCUGCAGAAAGACCCAGCUCGGAAACUAUUUGCUCCUCGCCGCAGUGCCAGGAGGAAUUAGACAAUGCCAACACGGACUGGUCUGGCAGUGGGUCCUCCAGCAGAGAGAUAUUUAAUGAAAUCCAUUACAUCCCCAGCAACCACAUUGCUAAAUUUAACCCCUUAAUUCCAAAUAUUCCAGAGUCCAAUGAUGUCAAUGUCAUCACUGAGGAGGACUUCUCAACCAAGAAGGGAAAUGUCUUUGUUGAUGAUUUUUACUACGAUUAUAAUUUUAUCAACUUCCAUGAGGAUCUGUCUUACUAUCCCUUCAUGGAGAAAGAGACCAAAGGCGAGGGGCAUAAGCCAGAGCUGAGCACCAACGACGUGGAGGGGUCCCGCGGGAUGCCCACCGAUGUCCUGCACACGGUCAAGCCAGGAGGAGGGGGAAUUGAGGCCAAUCUAGUGACCAGUGAAGCAAACGCUCUUGCUCCGGUGCAGAGCGAAGGAGAGACGGAGCCUGGGGGUUUAGCCAUGAAUGACCUCCUGAGCGUGGUCCCCGAGGAUGCGGGGACAGCUGCUCCCAAAUAUGCCAUCCGUGACCUCAUGGGUAAGGAGGAGGAUGCAACGGGUGUGCCCCGCUCGGAGGACCACCUGCCCACCCAGGGCACCACGAGCCACGACUCUGCAAACAGCCACGACCACCCGCCCCUGGAUGAGCCCCGUGGAGCCAUGCCGACGAGGACCGAGGGGCCGGGUGACGCCGGCCCUGAGGAGCACUACGUGGCCGGCUCUGUGGAGAGAGGCCGUGAAAGCUCAAGGGAAACGGGUCUUGUCGUCACCAGUGACGGUAACGGUGCUGCCCCCAAGACCAAGGAGCGGGAAGGGUGGGCAGAAACGCCGGAGGGGACAGCAGGCACGCAUGCCGACGAGCAAUCCCGCGCCCCACGAGGCAGGCAGGGCACCAGCCCGGAGCUCCGCACCCCCAAAUCCCUGCCCUCAGCCCCCUCGGUGGCCACUACAGCCUUUCCAGCAGCAGUGUCCUUGUCCCCCGCCGUGCCCGGGCCAGCCACCCAGCUCACCUCCAGCGGCCUCACCCGGCAAGACGCCCUGGCACCAGCCGUGCCCACAGCCCCGGCUCACAGCCCCCCUGUGCACCCAGCAGGGGCAUCGCCUUCCGAGUCUCCACCAGCGUGGUGGACCGUGGGGGUGUCCCACCACCCAGAGCCGGCGUCGCCCCGUGCCCACCACACCUCCCACGGGGCCCCGCUCGGCAGCACCACGCCAGGGGAGCGCUCCCCGUGGGCGACCCCAGGGACGUUUGCUCUCAGCGAUGGGGAGUACGCGUUAUCCCAGCCCACCCCUGCUUCCCUGCCACUCUGGGAGAAGGAAGAGACGGAGAAGGAGGCGGCUUUACUUCCACCAUCAACCACCGUGGCAGCCACUGCGAUGCCCAGCUGGGAGGUCGGGAACUGGAGCGAGUGCUCGGCCACCUGCGGCGUGGGCGCGAUCUGGAGGACCGUGCGCUGCAGCUCCGGCAGCGACGACGGCUGCGCCGCGGCCAACAAACCCGUCCCUGCCCGGAGGUGUUCCCUGAGACCCUGUUCGUCGUGGCGCGUGGGGAACUGGAGUAAGUGCUCCAGGAGCUGUGGCGGGGGGAUGAAGGUUCGGGACGUCCAUUGCAUCGACACCAGAGACCAGAGG